GGAAGGAUACAGACAAGUGAACAGGACACCGAAGAGAGCACACUUGUGCUCUUCACACUUCGGCUGCUUUCACAAGUCCAGCAAACUACUGUAGGAUGCCUGUUAUCAAUGUAGAGGAGAAUCUCGAUAAUUGCCACGGUCUGCAACGGGACAUUUUGCUUAUUUGAUUUUGCACACGAAGAGAAUUUUCAUUUUUAUUUUUUUUUAUUUUUUUACAAAAGGUAGCCUAGAGGAGUCCGGGUAGGUUGGAGGGCACCUUUUGGGAGCACAGAGAGGGUGAUUCUCUAUGGUGAAGAUGAGUCUGGACCCUUUACAGGUGAUGAGCGGACAGGUCAAAGAGCUCAAAGUUUCCCCUUCGUCCAACGGGGACAGCAGAGGAUCAUGGGAAGAGAAAGAAGAGUUUGAUCAGGACCACUUGGGCCUCACCACCAAGCCAAAACUAGUGACAGGGAGACGAGCCCGGAAGGUGGAGGGAGGCGUGUUCUUUCCAAAGCCAGAGAACGCUGUGUCCAUUGCAGUCUCUUCUCGGGUCUUGUUUCGGACCGAGCGGGAGCAGGAGGUGUAUCUGCAGAAAGGGGUGGAGGAGUAUCUGAGAUACCAAAUCGAACACGAGAACGAACCCUUCGCCCCUGGACCCGCUUUCCCCUUCGUCAAGGCUCUGGAGGCGGUGAACACUCGUCUGCGGGAGCUGUACCCACUAAGCGAAGAACUGUUUGACAUUGUUUUGGUGACGUAUAACCAUGCCCACGUAGGAAUCCGGCUCAUCAACACCAUCAAUCAUCACAACUUGUUUAUUGAGAGGUUUUGUAUGACGGGAGGAAGCAGUCCAAUUGGCUACCUAAAGGCCUGGCACACCAACCUGUACCUGUCUGCUGACGCUGACAAGGUCCGGGAGGCGCUGGCUGAAGGCAUCGCAGCAGCCACCAUGUUCAUGACAGAGAAGCUGACAGAGGUAUCAGAGUCCCAGCUGAGGGUGGCAUUUGAUGGUGAUGCUGUUCUCUUCUCUGAUGAAUCUGAGCGCAUCUUCAAGGCACAUGGGCUGGACAAGUUCUUUGAACAUGAGAGGGACAACGAGGACACGCUAUUGGAUCAUGGACCUCUGAAGGGCUUCCUGGAAGCACUGGGGAAGCUCCAGAAAAAGUUUUACGCUAAAGGCCAUCGCCUGGACUGUCCCAUCCGAACAUUCUUGGUCACAGCGCGUAGUGCGGCCAGCUCUGGUAUCCGGGCACUGAAGACACUCAGGGCCUGGGGCCUGGAGAUCGAUGAGGCCUUGUUCCUUGCAGGGGCACCGAAGGGCCCCAUGCUGGAGAAGAUCAGGCCUCACAUCUACUUUGAUGAUCAGAUGUUUCACGUGGAGGGAGCGGCUGAGAUGGGCACCGUUGCUGCCCAUGUGCCCUACGGCAUUGCACAGAAACAUAAUCUCAUACAGAAAAGCAGUGUUGGGAAGUAGGAAGCAGGACUUCAUUGAGAAGAGCAAAGUGAAGCUGAGCGGUUUCAGAGAGCUUGGAAAAGUGAACUUGUACGGAAUUGUAUGUGGAAAUGCAUAAUUUCCAUGGCAAUUGUAUUGUAAGUUUGUUCAAUCACAAUGUCAACUGUCUCAGCUUAAUGCCAUCAUGUUAUAAGUUAGAUCAGGUCUGGAUAGUGGACAAGUAGAUCUUGCUUUAUGUGGGAAAUUCAAAGGUGCUUGUUUGCCAUGGUGACCUGCUAUUUCUCUCACUACUACUUGUCUUCAUUAAAAAGGACACCUCUUCAGUGAAUGCUGGAGGAUACCGGAUGAAUGGCUUCACUUAAGUAAAGCACAAAGACUGCAAUGUAUGAUGGCAAUAAAUGAGUCAUAAGCACAAUGUAGAGAUAUUAUAAGGUUAAAAAUGAUAGCGAUGUACUGUAGCACAAGAGUCAUAAUUUAAAGUGUCAAACUUUUUACAGAGUUUGACUUCACAGGGACGUAACAUACUUUUCAGUUGGUGCCUUAGUUUCUAUGAAGACAGCCACACUAGCGAGAGUAAAAUAUCUUGACUGUUGGAUGGAUUGCCAUACAAUUCAGUACAGACAUUUAUAGUGUGCAGAGAAUGAAACCUAAUGAAUUUGGCGGCGAUCCCCUGAGUUUUAAUGCUUCACAGGUUUAAAAAGUUUCAGUUAAUUACCGAACACCUCUAAAGCUAUAGACUCAAUUCCUGCGCCUCAGAUGCACACGAUACCGUUAGCAUGCAUACGUUUCAUCUCUUAGCAUGUUAAAUGUAUUUCGUAAUAGCGAAAAAAGUAUAUUUUAUUAUUCUGUUAGUCCAAAAUAUAGACAGCCAUAACUUUCAGUGGGUGCCUUUAGUUUCAAUGAAGACACUAUUUAUAGCUAUGCCAGCAGCGUAAUCUUGGUCCAGGGAAUAUCUCAUAUAUCUCAACAACUUGGAAGUAAGUUUCAACAGGGCAAAAUUGUUCAAGUUCAACGAUCACUUCAAGAAAGGACCCCUCCAAUGAUUGAUUCAUGACCAACUUCCAUCACCCUCACAGCUGCACCAUAACGGUUGCAUGUUUCCUAGCAUGUUAAAUGUUUUCAUAAGACCGAAUAUAGGAAUAUGUUAUUAUUCUGUUUGUCCAAGUCAGAAAAAACUUAAAGUGAAGAAACUUGUAUAGCCUUGCUAACAGGGGUCCACUUUGUUCCAGAGAGAAAAAUCUCGACAACUUGGAAUAUGGAGUCCCCUUUAAUGAAGCGCCAGUCACAUUUCAAAAUUGAAUAAACCUUCAACCUUUCACUUCAUGACACCUCUAUAACUAACUAAACUGAAUUUCCUUCAGUUGCAGCUGUACCGUUAGCAUGCUAUGUUUUUACUAUGCUAGCAUGCUAAUGUUAAUGGUCUUAAAGUCAAUCUGAGCAAAUGAGUAAACUGAGUAAACCUGAGGAUGAUUCAAGUUGAGUGAAUAAUUGCAGUUCUGGUCUAAAAUAUCCCAAAAUGGCUGCUUGAUGUGUACAAAGACAUGGCUUCGCUCACUCGGGCCAAUGUUAGACCACACAUUUGCUUUACUAGAGAUUAAAAGAAGAAAAGCAAACGUUUAAAUGUCCAUGUUUGAUUCAUCCAACAAUUUAGCUUCCCAACGUAUAGUAUAUAAUGCAUAUUACAGCCUAAAAGGCUUUCUGUUUAGUAAGCCAUCCUGGUAGCUAAUAUGAGGGCAUUACAGCCUCUCGGAAGGGUGAUGUGGUUCCUCACCAACUGAUGUAUCACCAAUAAGUAUUUAACAAGCAGCAGUCUUUUUUUACUUCUGUGUGAUCGAUGAACAUGAAUUUGUCUAUCAUUAACAAAAAGGCCACAGUGGCCUUUUGAAAAUGUCAACUUCACAUCACUCUGUAACUGCUGGCAAGUCCUUGGAAAUCUUCCCUCUAGUGUAUAUUCCGUGAUGCUUUGUUACACCUCAUCAGCCGUCUGAGGAGCUUGAAGCUCGGAAACAUGACAAGCAAUCCACAUGGUUAAUUUCACAGUCAAAACACAUAAUUGAACAGAUGUGUCUUUUGGCGGACGUUUGCCCUCAAAUGAUGGCUGGGUUAUCGGAGGAUACGGUUUCAGCAGGAUUCGUCAGGCCAGUUUGGACUUUACUGGGACAUUUAGGAAAUAGAUUAUUGCAGAUGAAGCAAGGUUUAAACAUUUUAACAACAAGUUCAUGACAACAUUAUUGACACUUAUGAAACACAAAUCGCAUUGCAACAAUAAAAUGUAAAUGAAAACUAAUAAAGAUGUCAAUUAUA